UAGGACACAGCUUUCCGGAAUAUGUGCUUUUUAUGCUUGAAUUAACAACACGACCCUAAGACAUGUUCUAAGAUGUUUUUUUUCUGAUCUUAAAGAUCAACAAAAACAACACGUUUUUAGAAUCUGGAGUAGUGUUCCCUGUAGACGAAAUUAUGAAUUUUUGGGCUGCUGUCUUUGUCUUGUAUGCAGUAUGGCCCAGCGCUUUGUCUGUGACACGGUACUCCAUAGAGGAGGAGAUGGAAAGGGGCUCUGUUGUGGCUAAUCUCGCUGCGGAUUUGGGACUUGAGCCUGGAGGUUUGGCACAACGAGAGGUAAAACUUGACAUUUUCCAUAACAAAAAAUAUCUAGAUGUAAACAAAAAGACAGGGGAGUUGUAUAUCGUGGAAAAGAUGGACAGGGAAUAUCUUUGUCCGACAAAAACCACCUCCUGUUUUCUGAAGCUUGAUGUUAUAAUAGAAAGCCCCUUACGUAUCUUCAACAUUGAACUUGGAAUAACGGACAUAAAUGAUAACGCUCCACAUUUUCGACGAGACAGAGUGGAGCUCGACGUUUCAGAAUCGGCAACACCGGGAGAGAGAUUCUCCCUGCCUAAUGGAGUGGAUCCAGAUGUUGGGAUAAAUACAAUUAAAACAUACAAACUUAGUGUCAGUAAACAUUUCACCAUCGAAAUUCAGACGGGCAGUGACGGAACUCAAUAUGUAGAUUUGGUGUUGACUAAGUCUUUAGACAGAGAGGAGAAUGCUGUUCAUAAUUUAGUACUGACCGCUGUGGACGGCGGGGUCCCUGUGCGCUCCGGCACUGCCAAUAUUAUUGUUAGAGUACAAGAUACAAACGAUAAUCCUCCUCGGUUUGACAAGCAGACUUACACUAUUAAUAUGACAGAAAAUUCCCCUAUGGGGACAUUAGUGAUGAAGCUUAACGCUACAGAUCUCGACGAGGGUCCAAAUUCGGAGAUAGUGUACUCAUUCACCCUUUACACGUCGGAAAAAACACAAGACGUAUUUACAUUGAAUCCGAACACAGGGGAGAUAACUGUGAAGGGUACUAUUGACUAUGAAGAUAUGAAAUUGUAUGAGCUGCACAUUGAGGCCAGAGACAAAGGGACACAUCCCUUGCUGGGGCAGUGUAAAGUAGUCGUCCACGUGACGGAUAUGAACGACAAUUAUCCAGAAAUUACCAUACAGUCGGUAAAAAACACAGUGGAGGAGAACAUCCCAGUAGGAAGUGUCAUUGCUCUGGUAGGCAUAAGUGAUAGAGACACUGGCGAUAAUGGUAACGUAAGCCUAUCGAUAAAUCAGCCUAUGCACUUUAUUCUAAACAAAUCAUCAGAGAGACCCUUGCAUUACAAGCUCAUAGUUUCUGAACCAUUGGAUCGUGAAUCAGUACCUGAAUAUGACAUCACACUGAUUGUUUCAGAUGCAGGCACGCCGCCUUUAACUGAUAACGAAACAAUCACUGUGCAUCUAUUAGAUGUCAAUGACAACGCGCCACAGUUCCCUCAGUCAUUUUAUACCAUACGCGUAAUGGAGAAUAACGCACCUGGGGCCUUGCUCAGUUCCCUCACUGCGUUUGACCCUGACCUCCACGAAAACCAGUACCUAGUUUACUUCAUCCUAGAGAAGGAGAUAGCCAACACCUCCAUGUCCAUGCUGUUCUCCAUCAAUCCAGAGAACGGUAAUCUUUACGCACUAAAAACGUUUGACUAUGAGAUCGAGAAGGAGUUUCUUUUCCACAUCGAGGCCAGAGACUCUGGCUCUCCUCCACUCAGCAGUAACGUGACGGUCCACAUCAUCAUUGUGGACCAGAACGACAACGCUCCGGUUAUUGUCUCUCCCUGGCGCGCGCACGGCUCGGUGGUGGAGGAAAAGAUCCCCAGAUCCACCGAUAAAGGCUCUCUGGUUGCCAAGGUGAUCGCCUUAGACACCGACUCGGUGCACAACUCUCGGAUUACCUACCAGUUUCUCCAGGUGACUGACGCCACCUUGUUCAGUCUGGACCAGUACAACGGAGAGAUCCGGACUAUGAGGAUGUUCAGUUACAGAGACCCGCGCCACCAGCGACUGGUUGUUGUUGCCAAGGACAACGGGGAGCCUGCUCUCUCUGCUACAGUCACCAUCAAGCUGUCCACAGUGGAGACUGUCGUUAAGGCCUACUCUGACAUGACGGAGGUGCCUCUGGAAUAUGACAUCUUUUCAGACCUAAACCUGUAUUUGGUCAUCGGUCUGGGCUCGGUGUCGUUUCUCCUGCUGAUCACCAUAUUGGUCACCAUCGUGCUCAAGUGUCAGAAACCCAAGCCCAGCAAAGCGGCUCCUCCCUGCAGGAACAGUGUGAUCAGUGAGAGGAACUCCACCAUCGCAGAUUCCACUCUGGUCUCCAACGAUGCCUACUGGUACAGUCUGUUUCUAGCAGAGACCAGGAAAGGAAAGCUGGUGGUUAGACAGCCUGUGCCAAAGGGCUCCAGAUACAUCGUGUCCAGUUUACCAAGAGGCACAGGACUGACAGACACCAGUGACUCAGCAGCUUCCACUCUGCAGUACCCUAAAUGAGGAAAGUCCACUCUGCAGCUGGAGGGUUCCACCAGCAGCAGCAGCAGCGGUUCGACAUAACACACCUCCAGCUGCGUACUGGAUUGACCCUGACAGGAGCGCUUCACAGAGGAAAGGAAAAAACCCUACCCAUAACAUAACCCCACAUCCAUCCUGCUCAGUCUGAUCUGUGUUUCCUCACAAUCUGUAGUUGUCAUGCUAUAACACCAAAUGGACUAUGGUGGCUAAUUAUGGACACAACCCUCCCCCUUUAUUUCUUUAAGCACAUGAAAAGCCAAUCAACAAUGCCUCUAUGUCCAUUCAAUAUGCAUGAUAAGAGUGCAUGGCUUCAACCACACUACAAGACUUUCAUACAAAAAAAUUCAAGAGGAGAUACUCGCAAAGAAGAAGACUGUACGAAAAAUUGCACCUGUGGAUUUUUAAAGAAGCCUCAACAAGGACUAUUAAGAGUGGACAUGGAAAUGUUGAAAUGCCUUUAAGAGACAGUUUUCUCUCUCUAAAAAUGAAACACAUGUUGGAUAUUACAUUUGUAACCUCUGUGUUUGUCUUGCUCCAUAACAGCAUUGAUGUAUAACAAUAACUUAACUAAGAAGUAACACAGCACAAUUAACUAAAUGUCAGAAAAGCAACAACGUAGAAUUUUAAAGUAUGUAAACAAAAGGGAAUCAGUAUUUUAUAAGUGUGGUAGCUUUUAGUCAUUUUAUGUUUUGUACUUGACUUUGUGCUUUAUAUGUGAGCUAGGCCUAAAUAUAUGAAUGAGAGUGCUGAGAGAUUAAGUUAAAGAAACCAGUACAUUAAACAGAUAAAAUUGAGGCCUUCAGCCGUUAUGUAUCUGCCUUUCAGUUGUUUCUGCAUGAGAUAAUCAAAGUACUUUAAUAGCUUUAGAUAUUUUAUAAUAUUGCAAAAUCCAUUUUCUGUAGUUAGGCCUUACUGUUUAUUUUUAAAAACAAUAUGGAAGAUUCAAUUUCAAUGACCACAAUGAAGAAGAACAACAGCAUCAUUUGUUUGUCCCAGUGGACAAACAAAUGAUGCUGUUGUACUUCUUCAUUCCAGUUUCCAUCUAUGGAUUCAGAAAGUUAAGUGUACUCUCAGCUUAAAUGUAAGUUAACAGUGUACUUGAAUAUUAUGCCCACAUGGACAUUUCUGGAGAAUAAGAGUCUAUGGGAUUAAACUGAACACAAAUGAACACAGUGAGUUCUUGAGAAUGGUUGGAAUACUAUGUCCUUAUGACUACUGUAUAUACAUCACAUGUAAUUUAACUUUUUUUUUAUAGCCAAACUCUGGAUGUUUCUUAAUUCCAAUGUCUUCUGAGAUUGUGUAACAAGUUGAAAAUUCACAUCAUGACUUAAUGUUUACUUUACAAUAGUGAAAUCCUGAAUAAUGCUCAUGUGUAUUACUGACUACUGUAUGUAUCUGCAUAUGCAACACACAAAUAGUGAUAUAGAUAUGACUGACAUAUAUACAUCUGAAUCUAUAAAUAUGCUUUUCUUUUUCAAUACCAAUGCUGACAUUUUUAAGGUGAACAAAAACAGUGGAACUCCUGUGCCAUCAGAUUUAUGGGCCAACUAGUAUGUGCAACACUACAAUACAUUGUGUUGUCACAUAACUCUUUAGCAAAGUUCACAUUGCAUUACUUGUAUGAAGUUGUAAUGUUUUACAGGCAAACAUAUACAAUAAGUGCUUUUUGUGGUACAGUGGUACCUUUAUGGUGCAGUAUGUAGUAACUUGUGUAAUGUGAGCUUAUUGUAUGCUAUGGUUUGGUAUGUAUGAUCUAUUAAAUACAACAACAAACUAAA